UCUCUCCUUCUCUUCCUUCAACUCAGUAAAAUCGUGAGGAUAGAGAGAGAGAAUAGAAUAUAUGGCCGGACGCAAGAGGGAAUGGCUGAGGAAGAAAAUGAUGGGAAGAAAAGAGCAGAGGCAGUGGGCUGUUAAUGGAAACGUGGGCUCCCUCUCAUCGGCGUGGCGGCGGUGGAGGCAGAAUCGUCGGUCGCUGUUGUCGGAGCCCUUCAUUCAACGGGUGAUAUUCGACCGUUGUGUCUUCUAUCUGAUGUAUGCGGUGGAGGCCGUCGUCCUCAUUGCGUCUUUCUGCUACUUCUACCUCCGCUUCGGCUUCCGUCUUUAACGGUCAUCUUUCUCAUGAAUUUGAAUGUUAUAGCUUUCUGUGAAUGGAACAGGAAAGGACUUGGACUUGAUUUGGAAGAUCGAAACUGACUCUUUCAUUUCUUGCAUAUUAUGUAAAUUUUGAUUGUUUAUGGAACUAUAAUAAAAUUUAAUUUUUAU